ACAUAAUAUUACUUUUUAACCAGAAUCCAUCUCCAUCGGCUUUGUUUGACAGCUCUUUGUUUAUGUUUUGGAUAAAUCAGCGCUUCGUUAUAGCAUGGCAGAAAAACAGUUUUCGAUGAAUCGGAAGGAGUGGAGAAAAUUCUUCAAAAAACAACGCCGCAAACGAAUUCGUCAGAAGUUGGCUCAGGUACGGGAUCAGGCAGAAGCGGAGAGGUUGACCAAUCCAAAUUAUCUUGCGUACCUUCGCGAAAAGGAGCUCCUUGAGAACGAAGAACGGGAACGGCAGGAGGAACGAAGCCGAUAUGAGAAUGCUCUGUGGGUGGACCAGGAAAAGCAAGCCCAGCAGACGUUCCAGGAAAAACAGAGGCAGUUUGAACAGGCGAACCGCGAAGAAAAUGAAAAAAGGGAACGCAUUCGGAAGGAGUUCGAAGAGCAUGAAAGGAAAGCACGAGAAGCCAUCGCGGAGAAAGAAAGAUUGCUAGAGGAAUAUCGAAAGAAGCAACAGGAGAGAGAACGUAUGCUGGCAGAGUUUUUAGUUGGAAUAGAUGAUCAUGCUGCGGUUCUGAAGGAGAUGAACCACACCAGACCAAGUCAAAAUCCGUGCACAUUCUUCGCGAAAACCGGUGCCUGUCGCUACAACGCAAGAUGUUCUUCUAAUCACUCAAUCCCUGGUUUGAGCGAGUUCUUGCUGAUACCAAACUUUUUUACCCACCCUGCUUUGGAUGAUCAGCGGCAUCCCGAGUACGGAAACGAUUCGGGUAUAGAAUUUGAUGACGACGAUCUAUAUAAUUGCUUCCGUGAAUUUUUCCUCGAUGUUAUGGAAGAGUUUGAAACGUUUGGAUCAAUUGAGAAGGUGUUCGUGUGUCGCAACUUCGAACCUCACCUGAGGGGCAAUGUUUACAUACAAUAUGCAGAUAUGAGAAGCGCAGCUCGAGCCUACCAAAGAAUGAACGGACGGUUUUAUGCAUCCAGGCAGCUUCGUGUAGAAUUCCGUGCACCGAUAACAUGGACCUCUGCUGUUUGUGGUAAAUUGAUCAAAUAUGGUUUAAGUGAAGUAAACAAUGUUACAACAAACAUGCGAAUGACACCAAUUUGCCGUUCAUAGGGUUAUUUGAGCAAUCGCGGUGUCAAAAAGGAAGAUCAUGUAACUAUUUGCAUCUGUUCGUCAAUCCUGGCAAUAGAUACCGAUACGAUCACAACAAAGAGCUGCAAUCUGUUCGAGCUUCCGCCAUCCGCAGCAGAAUGACGCAGCGGA